AUGGCGAAAAUCGCGUUAGGCUGCGAGCCAGUAGUGGGGUCGCUAACCCCAUCAAAGAAAAAAGAGUAUAGACUCACCAACAGACUCCAAGAAGGCAAAAGGCCUUUAUAUGCUAUUGUUUUUAACUUCAUCGACUCUCGUUACUUCAAUGUCUUUGCCACUGUUGGUGGAAACCGGGUGACUGUUUAUCAAUGUCUUGAAGGGGGAGUUAUAGCUGUAUUGCAGUCUUAUGUUGAUGAAGAUAAGGAUGAGUCUUUUUACACCGUGAGCUGGGCUUGCAACAUUGAUGGGGCACCAUUUGUAGUGGCAGGAGGAAUCAAUGGUAUUAUACGGGUCAUUGAUGCUAGCAACGAGAAGUUACACAAGAGUUUUGUUGGGCAUGGGGACUCAAUAAAUGAAAUCAGGACUCAGCCUUUGAAACCAUCACUGGUGGUGUCUGCAAGCAAAGAUGAAUCAGUUCGGUUGUGGAAUGUUCAUACUGGAAUUUGCAUUUUGAUAUUCUCUGGAGCUGGUGGUCACCGAAAUGAAGUUUUGAGUGUGGAUUUCCAUCCAUCUGACAUAUAUCGCAUUGCUAGUUGUGGCAUGGACAACACUGUUAAGAUUUGGUCAAUGAAAGAGUUUUGGACAUAUGUAGAGAAAUCAUUCACAUGGACGGAUUGUCCUUCAAAGUUUCCAACAAAAUAUGUGCAGUUUCCAGUGUUCAUAGCUUCAGUUCAUUCAAACUACGUUGAUUGUAAUCGGUGGCUUGGUGAUUUUAUGCUGUCAAAGAGCGUAGAUAAUGAGAUUGUGCUAUGGGAACCAAAAAUGAAGGAACAGUCUCCUGGGGAGGGUACUGCCGACAUCCUUCAAAAAUACCCUGUUCCAGAAUGUGAUAUUUGGUUCAUCAAAUUUUCCUGUGAUUUCAAUUACAAUGCAGCUGCUAUAGGGAAUAGGGAAGGGAAGAUCUAUGUUUGGGAACUGCAAAGUAGCCCCCCUGUUCUCAUAGCAAGGCUAUCUCAUGCUCAAUCCAAAUCUCCAGUUAGACAGACCGCAAUGUCCUUUGAUGGCGGCACCAUCCUUAGCUGCUGUGAGGAUGGGUCAAUAUGGCGCUGGGAUUCAACACCACCACCUUCCUAA